ACAUCGAUGGUGUGGUCACUGACGUAAUGAUGGUUGCCUGUCUCUAAUGGCAGAACAACAAUUUGCGAGUGAAAAACUUUCUCCAACUUCUCUAGAUUCAAAACGAAGUCAGCACAGCGGCUCCCCUUUGUUUUGAUUAGCUUUUAUUUAUAUUACAUAGUUUUUACAAAUGUUUCAUUAUUGAUGGAUCCACGAUAUGACAGACAACGGAGGGCUGGUGACGGGGGCUCUUCCAACUCGUCCCCAGCUUUGGGUGCUCAGUCGCGCCGCAGAAAGAUCCCCCCAAGACCCGCUGAUUUUAAACUACAAAUAAUCAUUAUCGGCUCCCGCGGUGUUGGCAAAACCAGCCUAAUGGAAAGAUUCACAGACGACACUUUCUGUGAAGCGUGCAAGUCCACCGUAGGAGUCGACUUUAAAAUCAAGACCGUGGAUCUGAGAGGAAAGAAGAUCAGGCUGCAGAUCUGGGACACGGCUGGCCAGGAGAGGUUCAACAGCAUCACAUCGGCCUACUACAGAGGGGCCAAGGGGAUAGUGCUGGUCUAUGACAUCACCAAGCAGGAGACCUUUGAAGACCUGCCCAAAUGGAUGAAAAUGAUAGAUAAGUACGCCUCAGAGGAAGCAGAGCUCCUCCUGGUGGGGAACAAGCUGGACUGUGAGACGGACCGUAUCGUCACCAAACAGCAGGCCGAGAGGUUUGCCUCUCGGAUAAGUGGCAUGCGCUUUUGUGAAGCCAGCGCCAAAGAUAACUUCAAUGUGGACGAGAUCUUCCUGAAGCUGGUGGAUGACAUUCUUAGUAAGAUGCCUCUGGAAAUGCCAAGCAGGGAGCUUUCCAACAGUAUCCUGUCUCUGCAGCCUGAGCCGGAAGUGCCUCCAGAGCUUCCGCCGCCACGCAUGCGCUGCUGCUGAGGGGCCAGACGGCACCCCCAAACUCGCCCCUCCCCACUUCCAACCCCGCAUCACUACAAAUAAAUCGUGGGAAUGCAGUGUACCACUCUGGCCACCAGACGGCAGCACACGACUGCCACCUGGACGUUUGAAGCGUUUCUCAUAGUACAUAAAUCCUCUCCCACCUGCCCUCCCUCCAUUGCCCACACUACCGCAAUAUUCUAACAAUACACUCUAACAGGUUUCUAAAACACACUCACUAAUGCCUUCUUCAGAACUUGUGUUUCACCUGCUUCCACCAAGCAGCGCCUCCGUGGUGGUCGUCCCCGUGAGUUCCCCAGACUACCUCAGGGCUCCAGGGAGGGGAACCCCUCGCUCUGAGAGGGGGUCAGUCGUUACAUUCUCUGUGGUCUUCUGAUGUUGUUUUUUGUAGCAGUAAGGGGGGGGGGGGUGUAAGACUUCCUCGUGCUACACUCUUGUGUCCGACGUGCCCAGGAACAACCACCCCUGGCCGCCCUUCUGUCUCCGCUGUGCACCCGCUGGGGAAAAAGGGAUAGAUACAAAGCACACUUUAUAACCAUUUAAUAAGGACAAUUCUAGGCCUAGGUACACCUGCUUUGUUUUGGAGUAAAACUUUUGUUCGUACCAACGAAGACUCAGAACGAUGCACAAAAUGGAAAAGCACAUACGUUUUGUAGUUGAAAAUUAGAUUGAUGGUGUAAAUAUGAUGAGAUAUUACUAGCGGGCUCCUUCAAUAACUGGACUCUUUGAUAUGACGAGGUGCAGGAUUUUAAUGCUAAUAUAUGCAUGGCCUUCAGUAAGAUAGUAUUUUUUGUGUGUUAUGCUUUUCUUUUCCCCUCAUUUGGAACCGAUUGCCUUAAAGUAUUUUGUGGAAUGGCUUGAGUUCCAUUGUUACUAAUUGUGAUGUUUUGCACUACAGUCUCUUUCAGCUAGCUGACAUUUCAAAAUGGUCGAAUAAGGAAGUCCAUUACUGAUAAGUAGUAAAGCACAUGGCCAAGUAAGUCGCCUAAUCCCCUCCUUGUUGAAGGUAAUGGUAAAGCAAGGACAGCUGGGUGAUGUAGUCUCCAGGAAAGAUUGUGUUUUU